CUUGGGGUGUGGAUGUGGAAAGCUCUGGUCACUCGAUCGUUCUACACUUGGAAGCUGCUUCACCAUGUACUCACAGAACAUUCCAUCAGAGCUUGCUCUUUUUGAGUCAUAUUGUCAUAUGAAAAUACCUCCAUGACCUGCCCAUGCAGGCUUCCAAGGAUUCUCACAGAUUCAACUCUUAUCCACGACGUACAAGAUGUCUCCCACUCCCACUCAAAACAGUUCCAGCGAAGUACUGCAUUACUUCUGUGCAACAUGAGAAAUACCUUGGCGAUGACCAGGCUGGUGGCGUGCUCUCUCCCUACCCAAUUGUCCUUCUUGAUACACCUAUUCUGCCUCCCAAAUUUACCGUCACAAAAAGCAAUGAGAUCAACACCUACACCAUCACAGUCAAUGAGAACAUGGUCCACAAUUUAGAUGACCGUGUCAUUUCCUACAAUGAUGAAAGUACUACGGAAUGGGUUAUCAUUUUCAGGCAACACGAGAGAGCAUAUACCAUCGAGAGGAAGGUUGAAAGCAGUUUGGCAUGGACUGCUCCCGAGCUCGAGCCGGACAGACCUUCUAAUCCCCUGCAGAUUCUCCUCAAGCCCCUCGUCUGUACAUAUUCAAUCCCUCCCCAGUUCCUCCCUUCCCAGCUGUUCAAGUUUGAGUCAUAGAAAAGUGAAGUGAACAAAGGUGGAUUCAGCACUAUUGAGAAAUGUAACAAUAGGUGUUGUGUCGA